GUCCAAGUUUUGCUUCGAUGUAUUGUAGACAACUGUGGGUGAGAUGGUGUCGCUCUGUCUUUAAUACACUUACACUUUGCCUCCCAAUUAUUUUCGAGGUACCCCUUCCUUUCUCGAACAUUCCCACAAUCACCAACCUGAAAGCAUCAGUUUCACAGCCUCGGCCAAGAACUCAGAACUCUUUUUUCCCAUAACUACACUAAAACUUUUGCACUAUAUUUGUAUCCAUCUUUUCUCGCUGCUCACAUACACGUACUGGUAACUUCGCCAAAACCGGCAAUUUUCACACAUCUUGCCGUCUCGUUCGUGUGGCGUGGAACCAAGCAUAUGUUUCGCAGCGGCAAACUGUAAGCGACCAUGGCAUCUUUCAUGUCCAACUUGAAUCCGGUGCCCACAUUGCCGGAAUACACGGGCCCAUACAAAGUAGGAACCGUCGAUGUUGAGAUACCAGUCUCGGAACUCGCGUCGCCCAGCCCUACUCCAGACGGCGCCGCAGAUAUCGAAACCGUCCUGUUCAGGAUAUUUUAUCCUUGCGUGCCUGAAUCCCGGGGAAAGCGCAUAACCUGGCUGCCAGCGCCACAGCGUCUUCACAUUGCCGCCUAUGCGCAGUUUCUCGGGCUGGGUUCUCCCUUGGCGUCUAUCCUUUCCUUUCUCCCUCGACAUCUUCACUGGACCACGAUUCCAGCGCAGAAAAAUGCAACUCUUUUGGAUCCCACCUCGGGCAAUCCUAGCCCGAGGUGGCCGGUCAUGAUAUUUUCUCACGGCCUAGGCGGAAAUCGCAAUGCGUACAGCCACUUGGCGGGCUCGAUGGCCUCGUAUGGCGUUGUGGCCAUCUGCCCAGAGCACCGAGACAGAAGCGCAGUGCUCUCGCUAAUCCGCGCACCUGAAAGCCAACAGAAGCGCUCCGGGGUCAAAGCCACCAGGCAUGUGGUGCCUUAUUCUCAAAUACCCCAUGACCAAACACACGAGGUGUGGGAGGCCCGCAACAAGCAACUCCGCAUCCGGCUGUGGGAGCUGGGCCUCAUCUUCGAGGCGCUCAUGGCGAUCGACCGCGGCGACGAGGCCAUCAUCAAGUCCAACCUGAACAAAAGCACGCUCGAAGCCGCCCUGUCCCAGUUCAGCGGCAAGCUCGACGUCCUCGAUCCGGGCAAGGUGAUUUUCGCGGGCCACUCCUUCGGGGCAGCCACUGUUGUCCAGCUCGUCAAAUCGACCUACUACCGCAACCACCCGUCCGUGUCGAGCAUGGCCGCACCUCUCUUCACCCCGACCGAAAACGGCGCAAUCACCCGGCAAAUCACCCCGCAUACGCCAACCAUCCUCCUCGACAUGUGGUGCUUCCCUCUCCUCUCCGCAUCAACCUCGGCGCUCUACAAUCUCCCCUUACCCUGCUACUCCCGCAGCGCUCAACCUGCAAUGCCAUCACCACCGCCAGGCGGCAAUGCCGUGUUAGCAAUUGAAUCAGCCCACUUCUUCUCGUGGACCGAACACUUGCACGCCAAGGCGCGCAUUCUCUCUGCAGACCCUUCCUCAACCUCCUCCACCCCGGACGAACCGGCCAAGCGCGGGCCGAUACCGCAACAACCGCACUUCUUUUACGUCGAACACAGCGCUCACCUCAGCCAGUCCGACUUUGGCGUGCUGUUCCCCUGGCUGACGGGCAAGCUGUGCGGGUCGACGCAGCCGGAGAGGGUGCUGCGGCUGAACGUGCGGGCGCAACUGCAGUUUCUGCGGGAAAACGGGGUCGUCGUGGCGGGGACGGCGCGAGGCGACCUGGUGGACGGGUUGGGCAUCACAGGAGGGGAUGAAAGGAAUGGUGAGGAGGUUAAGGGAGAGGGAAAUGACAAGUGGGUGGACAGGGACGAGGGGAUUCUGCGCAAGGACGGCGGGGUCGAUGCGUGGAAGUGGAUUGAUAUCUGCGGGUUACUGGGAGACGGCGAGUAUCCCUCCGAGGGGGAUAUGAGCCGGGAAACCGAGGGAGGGGAGAGCGCGGAGGCGGUUAGGGCUGAAGAGGGAGAGAAGGAAAUGCAGGCUGAGAUUGAGCCUUCAUUGGAAGCGGCGGUGGAGGGGAAGCUGGCUGAGGCUGGGAGGGAGGUGUUGGGUGCGUAAGUGGGCGGUAUGGCAUUUAUCGGGGGUAUUUUGUAGCGAUAUUUUGCAUUUUUCGCAUGGCGGGCGUUGUCGCUAGAUGGAUGGUUUGUCACAUUAGUGUAGACUAAGAAGGGUU